UCUCCUCGGUCCCCUCCGCCUGCCGGAGCAGCCUGCCACCGAUAGCCUUGGAGAACAAGAAGCCCCCCCGAAUCCUGAGCCUGGGGAGAGAAAAAAAACCAUGGGGAGCGGAAUGAGCAAGGUUGUCAAAGGCCUCUACCUCGGGAACAUCCGCGCCCCCGUGGUGGGAAUACCUCACCCUGAGGCUGCUCCCUCGCCCCGUGCCAGCCUGGCCGGGGUCUCCCGCAGCACCACCGUCCUGGUGGCUUACCUCAUGACGGUGACCGAGCUCGGCUGGGAGGGCUGCCUGGCCGCCACCAAGGCCGUGCGGUCCUACGUCAGCCCCAACUUUGGCUUCCAGCAGCAGCUGCAAGAGUACGAGGUGACCUUGCUGCAGGAGUACCGCGCCUGGAUCCACCGCAACUACGGCAGGAACCCUUUCAAGGACCAGGAGGAGCUGCAGCGCUUGCUGGCCCGGCAGGAGCAGAGGCAGAAGGAGCAGCAGCUGGGGAGCAGGGAGAGCUCCUGGCUCGGCUCUCCAGCUCCCACCUACCCGCUCCCCGACCACGCAGGUGGCACCAGCAGAAGCAGAUGGAUGAACAGAUAAGCAGCCGGCUGCUUGAAGGCAGGCGUUGGCCCAGGCUUGGAAAACUCCGUAUUCCCUUUGCCAAAUGCCCACGGGGGGGUUCAUCUCUAGGGGCAGCAAGCAGCCAGCACCGGCCUCGGCCGUGGGC